ACACCGGUGACGUGGUUACAUUGCAACAAACAUUCACAGAAACAGAAACCCCCCAAUCCAAUCCACCCGCGACGUUGCAACAUAGUUUUCAUGGUACGAUCUAACGUACCAGGUAAUAAUUUGAGACAGACUCCAUACAGGAAUCUGGGGAAUCGGAGGAAAACUCCAGAAAGCACCGUCUGAGCUGAGAAAUCGCUGGAAGACUUGGGACGCCCUGACACAAACUUCCCCCUUGGACCGGAUUAAAGCCACAUCAGAAAUAAGUAGCAGCCAACUGCUAACUGGAGGCGGCGGCAAAUUAAAGCCGUGGUUUUGAAACCGAAUUUCGCGGAUAACCGUAACUAGUAUCAACCGGAGCCAUGGCGCUGUUGACCAUGAUUGCCAGAGUCAUUGAUGGCCUCCCUUUAGUGGGUACCAUGCAGGAUGACGAACAGAGCGGCCGCAGCAUACUGGACUAUCAAAAUCAGGCCAAGAUGCUCUUCCGUAAGUUGGGUACCCACUCACCGGCACGGAGCAGCAUCGAGACAGGACCCUACCUAUUCCACUACCUAAUCGAGAACGAUGUGUGCUACCUGGUUAUGGUGGACAAGAUGUACUCGAAACGACUGGCCUUUAAUUACCUUGAGGACCUGGCCCAGGAGUUUCAUGCCAACUACGGCCGGCGGGUCAAUUCUGUAACAAGACCAUAUGCAUUCAUCGAGUUCGACGUGUACAUACAGAAGGCGAAAAAACAGUUGACCGAUCGCAGACGCAACAUCAGCAGCAUCAACACGCAACUGCAGGAUGUGCAGCGUAUCAUGGUCCAAAACAUCGACGACGUGCUCCAACGUGGCACAGUACUGGCGGAACUUGACACCAAGACGCAGAACCUGUCAAUGAUGUCGCAGAAGUACAAGAAGGACGCCAAGCUGCUCAACCGCAAGUCCAUGUACGUGAAAGCGGCGGCCGUGGGCACCAUAUUCCUAGUGUUCAUAUUGUACUUCUGGGUCCUGUAAUAUUUGCCUGCAGCUCCAUCCGUGUGUUUGGCCAACGUUGGCCACUUGGAGCGGUGCGUUCUUUGUUAUAUGUUAUAUGUCAAGCGUCAAAGACGCAAGGCCUAGAGACAUUUAGAUAACGCAUACACCUGAACUCCAGAAUGCACACAUACUACACACCCCUAUACCAUGCAUACAUAUAUGAUUCAUAAUCAGGCGAAAAACUGAGAAACAAAACACCUUUUGACACGCGCACCGCUUCCGAGGUUUGUUUAACUUCUAGCAUUAACUUACCUUUUGCGUUAUUUACGGCCUUGGAUUCCAUUAACUAUUAACUCCCGGCCGCCCUGGCCCGUUUCAUUUCGCUUAACGCUCCCUUUGUUUGCGCAGGUUUUCUGCAUAUUUGAUUACGAAUAGAGUCUAAUUUAGACAACCUUUGAGCCAGGUCGGACGACGACUACGACCCAAAUCUGUAAAUUAUAAACGCCGAUCCGCGUAUGCGUGUGUGUAUGUGUAUAAAUGUCUAGAUUGUAGAUGGAUCGCUGUGCCGAUAGAUACUGGCCGCACAGCGAAUCAGGCGAGGGUGAUUGAUACAAACUGCAAAAUUAUAGCAAGGAAACGAAAAGAAUCGGUAACAGUUUUAGGCAAUUUAUAUGUAGUAAAAUAAGGCAAAUAAAUAAAUUUACAUUGUUUAAUAAAAGACAAAAA